CUUCUCUUUGAUAUUAGUAACACUGUAGAUUCAGUUUAAAACACAGGCGCGAUUUCUCCGGCGCGAAGUAAUAGUAUCGUUUCAGUCAACGCGACCGCCGCAAAUCGGUUUCAACUGGUGAAUCUCCUCUCUCUCUCUCUCUCUCUCUCACUCUCUCUCACUCUCUCUCUCUCUCUCUCUCUCUCUCUCUCUAUCUAUCUAUCUUUCUCUUUCUCGAGUUUUUCCGCAAAAACGGCGACCUUUAACACUGUUGCUGAUUCCUCGUUAACGAAGGUGUGAUGCGGAUGUUGGGAUUGAUCAGUGUUGGACGUAAAUCACGUCUUUUGUUAACUUGCGCAACUCGUGCUGUCACUUACAAUGAUAAUAAACGUAUAAGUAAUCUUAAGGGCAAAGUGAUAGCUAUAAGACGAGAGGACCAAUCAGUAUGGGAGAGGAGGGCGCCGUUAGCUCCGGCGAAUGUUCGCCGUCUCGUCAGGUUAGGCGUGAAGGUAAUCGUGCAGCCAAGCAACCGGAGGGCGUAUCCAGCGCAAGCCUACCAGGCAGCCGGGGCGCUCUUGCAAGAGGACAUCAGCUCAGCAUCCGUGAUCUUCGGGGUCAAACAACCGGUACCGGUGGACCAGCUAAUACCUAACAAGACAUACUGCUUUUUCUCACAUACUAUCAAAGCGCAGGAGAGUAAUAUGCCUCUCCUGGACGCGAUUUUGGAAAAAAAUAUACGUCUGCUGGAUUACGAGAAGCUCACGGAUGCCAGCGGUCAAAGAGUGGUCGCUUUCGGCAAGUAUGCCGGGGUGGCUGGCAUGGUGAACAUACUACAUGGUUUAGGUCUGCGACUGCUAGCUCUGGGUCAUCAUACGCCCUUCAUGCACAUCGGACCAGCACACAACUAUCGAGAUUCGGCUAUGGCGCGCCAAGCGAUUCGCGGCGCUGGAUACGAGAUCGCGUUAGGUGCUAUGCCAAAGUCAAUCGGUCCGUUGACCUUUGUUUUCACGGGCAGCGGUAACGUGAGUCAAGGCGGACAGGAGGUCUUCCAAGAGCUUCCCCACGAAUACGUGCCGCCGGAGAUGCUGCGGAAAGUCGCUGAGCACGGCGAUACUACAAAAAUAUAUGGUUGCGAGGUGCGGCGCAGGCAUCAUCUGGAGAAGAAGGAGGGCGGCGGUUUCGAUCCCGAAGAAUACGAGAAGCAUCCGGAAUUGUACAUUUCCACUUUCAGUAAAAAGAUUGCGCCAUACGCUUCGGUGAUCAUCAACGGUAUAUACUGGGCGGUGGAUUCACCGAAAUUGUUGACGAUACCGGAUGCCAAAUACUUACUGAGGCCCGCUCAUACACCAUGGCUGCCGAUAAGCGUCGGUGCACCCGCACUGCCUCAUAGAAUGCUCGCUAUCUGCGAUAUAUCCGCAGAUCCUGGUGGGAGCAUUGAAUUCAUGAACGAGUGCACAACGAUCGACACACCAUUUUGCUUGUACGACGCCGAUCGCAAUAAGGAUACGAAGUCCUUUAAGGGUCCCGGAGUACUGGUUUGUUCGAUCGACAACAUGCCCACACAACUGCCAAAGGAAUCAACGGACUUCUUUGGCAAUCUUUUGUAUCCGUAUGCUUUGGACAUUAUACAGUCUGAUGCUAAAAAGCCACUGGAAGAUCACAAUUUCAAUCCCGCCGUGCACGAUGCCAUUAUUGCUUCCAAUGGACAGUUGACGCCUAGUUUUGAGUAUAUUCAAGAACUCAGACAGCUGAAUCAACGCAGCAAACACAAAGCUGACAACAGAGAGCCACAAAGCAAAACGGUCGUCGUUCUCGGUGCGGGAUAUGUUUCUGCACCCUUGGUCGAGUAUUUGCACAGAGACAAGGAUGUAAAGCUGGUGGUGGCGUCGCAAUUGAAAGACGAAACAGACGCACUAGCUAACCGAUUUCCAGGUGUGGAGCCAGUUUAUUUGAACGUGCUCGAUCGCCCGGACACUUUACAUGAUGUAAUCAAAUCGGCGAAUGUUGCCGUGUCUCUACUGCCAUAUUCAUUGCACCACGUCGUCGCUAAAGCAUGUAUCGAAACUCACACUCAUCUAGUGACGGCCAGCUACAUGAAUGAGAACGUUAAGGCAUUGCAUCAAGAAGCUCAGGAUGCUGACGUUACCGUAUUAAACGAAGUCGGCUUGGAUCCAGGCAUCGAUCAUCUUUUAGCACUCGAAUGUUUCGAUGAUGUGAGACAAGCGGGUGGCAAGAUAGAGUCUUUCAUCUCGUGGUGUGGCGGUUUGCCCGCGCCAGAGUCUUCUUGUAAUCCUUUGAGAUAUAAAUUCAGUUGGUCCCCAAGAGGCGCAUUGUUGAAUACCCUAUCACCGGCGAAAUAUCUUCACGAAGGCCAAGAAGUAGAAAUUGCCGGGGGUGGCGAUCUUAUGUCUGCUGUGCAGGAGUUGGACUUUCUUCCUGGCUUCGCUUUGGAAGGUUUCCCAAAUCGCAAUAGCACUAUAUACAGAGAAUAUUACGGUAUACACAAUGCGAGUACCGUGUUGCGGGGUACGCUCAGAUUUAAGGGAUUUACGGACACCAUAUUGGGCCUACAGUUGCUCGGUCUGAUUGAUCCUGAUCCGCACCCGAGUCUACAUCCUAACGGACCAGAUAUUACCUGGCGAUUGUUACUAUGCAAUUUGCUCGGUCUGGCGAACGACAACAUCUUCUACGAGAAUCUGAAGCAGAAACUGGCAGAAAGAGUAAAUUCGUGGGAGCGAGUGAAAGCUAUUGAGGAUUUAGGUCUCCUGGAAGAAGACCUGGUCUUAAAGCUGAACACUCCACUUGACACUCUCACGCAUUAUUUGUCUAAGAAACUGUAUUACGAGAAAAACGAGCGCGAUCUUGUGAUAUUGAGACACGAAAUAGGCAUACGAUGGCAGGACAACAAAAGAGAAUCCAGAGGAAUUAAUCUGGUGCUUUACGGAGACGCUGCAGGACAUUCAGCGAUGGCGCGAACUGUCGGCUAUCCUGCUGCUAUUGCAGCCAAAAUGAUCCUGGAUGGCGAAAUUCAACAGCGAGGAAUGGUGUUACCCUUCACGCCCGAUAUAUAUCGGCCUAUCCUUCACCGACUGAGAGCCGAAGGCGUAGAGUCCUUUGAAACUUCCAAAUGGUUGUGAUUCAUCCACCACGCAUUAUUAUAAUAAUCGUCUGUACAUAAUAUACUUCUUACAUUCAAGGCAUCUAAAAAGAUAUCGAUGUUAAAUAUAUGAAAUAUAACGUCUUUCAAUACAAUCUAUAGAGUAUUCCAUUUUAAAUGAUCCAUUAACAUAUCUUGAAACCCAAAGGUUUCAUAAAAAAAUGUUUAAAAAAGAAUUUGUACGGUUUCAAGGAAGUUGUCUUAUGAUGUGACUCAUUUGAUUUUCAAUGACAUCACAUCAAGGUUAACUUGAUAUUUUUAAAUAGCAUAACCUUAUUUUUUAAACAUAAAUUGGUUCCUCAAUGAUUCUGCGUAUAAGAAUACUAGAGUUAAAACGUCGAAAAAUGAAUAUUUUUCGAAAUAUUUUACACUUUAUUCUUAUACUUUUAAGUAUAAAAUAUUUUGUAAAAAAAUAUAUGUAUAUAUUCACUUUUUGGCAAACUCAUUUUAUCUCUUUUAUACAUAGAAUGAUGGACAAAAUCGAUUGUUAUAAAAAAAUGUAGAGAAACCUUAAACAAAAUUUCGUUGCACUUUGCAAAUUCAUUAUUGCACCAGUAUAUUAAAAUUAGUAUCGCUGAUCGACUUCUGUCAUUAUUUUACUUACAAAAAUAUUAUAGUGAAAUUGUCGAAAAAUGAAUAGUUUAUGAGACAUUUUAUAUUUUAUAUCUAAAAUUGUAAGAAUAAAAUAUAAAAUAUCUUGAAAAUAUAUUAAUUUUUCGAAAUUUAAUUUAAUUCUAAUACUUCGAUAUGCAGAAUGAUCAGAGGAGUCGAUUUACAUAAUAAAACUAUGUGAUAGUAUUUAAAAAUAUCAAGUUGAGAGAGAGAGAGAGAGAGAGACCUUCGUGUGAUUCUAACAAGGUCAUUGAAAGUCAAAUGAGUGACAUCGUAAGAUGUGCCCCUUGAAAUAUAUCGUACAAAUUUUGUUUGAAAUAUUUUUUGAUGGAAUUUUUAGUUAGAAUUUUUAAUUUUCAAGAAAUUUCAAUGGGUUAUUUAAAAUGAGAUAUACCCUGUAUAUCAUAAGUUCGCACAUACCAAAAUGAUUUUUGAAAUAUUAAAUAUUUUAUUUUAACUCUUAAAACAGACUGUAAGAAGAGAAAUUAUCGAGAUAGCUUAAGGACUGAAUUUUUGUUAGGAUUGAUCAAUACUUAAAAUAAACACUUAAAUAUAUUAUAUAUAUUUAUAUACAAGCUGUUCAGUAACAGACGACGGAGCCAUAGUAUGCAAAUAGAACACAUCAAUUCGAACAAAAAAAUUUUCUAUUAUUUUUCAAACUACCAUAUCAAAUUUUGAGCUAUUAAUUAAAGAAGAUUGGUCAAUGAUCACACGUUAUACAGUGUACAUCUAUCAAACGGUAAAUGAGCUGUGCUGGUGAAGUUUGCCACUGUGUGCUUGUAUAAUAAAUCAAACUGAACGAAAAGGUCUAUUAUUUUACACAUAAUCACAGAUUCUUAAUUAUUAAUUAAAGAUGAUUGGUGCAUUAUUGCACAGUCAUAUAUAAAUCUUCUUUAAUUAAUAGUUCAAUAAAUAGUUAGUUAUUGCUCUGUAUAUUCCUUAACUUAACGAGGAAGUUACAACAAAACUGACAGAACUGAUUCUGCUAAUAAUUACCACACUAGAUUAGACUGUAACUUACAUUAUCUGAUCUAACAAGGAAUAUUAGGGGCCGGUUUUUCCAACCUCUUGCUAAGCUAACUAACAGUUAACUCAUACGUCUGUCUUUGUUUCUCCUUCAAAUUAGGUAGAAACAGACAUAAGAUUUAACUGUUAACUUAACAAGAGGUUGGAUAAAUCGAUCUUAGGUAACUCAAAAAUUCAAAAAAUUCUGAAAUUUUGUGCGCAAGUAGAGUAAUUCAUCCGUAACACAAAACUAUUUUCUUUUCGUGCGGAAUUACAGUUUUAGGGGGUGAAAUACCCCUUUGAAAAAAUCGGUUCUUUUCUUCUGAAACGAAUAUCGUCGAAACUAUAAGAGAUAGAAUUCAAUUUUCCAAAAUGAAAAUUGAAUAAUUUCAAAAGUAUUUUAGAAUUAUAAUAAAAAAUUUUUUUAAAUGUUUAUUUAUUGUAUACCCCCAAUCACACCCCUAUUUAAAAAAUUUUUUUAAUUUUUAUAUAACAGAAAUUAAAGAGCAUUUUACGCUGAAAACGACAAUGUAUAUUAUAAUUAUGUUUUGAAAAACCAUUUUUUAAAUAUAAAUAAAAACGUCUCAGUAUACGUGCUCCGCACGUAUUUAUCUUAUACCGCAUUGGCUGCGCCAGAUCAAGCUAGCGUCAAAGGCAAAUAGAAUAUAAUUCAUCAGUAUCAGUACAGCAGCAACUAUUGAAAUAAGAGCUAUUAUGUAACAACAAUAAUAAUAAUAAUGAUAAUAGUAAAUUGUUAACCUAGAACUAGUCAAAUAUUUUUAUGGUAUAUAAAGAAAUGUACAUAAAACUUCGGACAAUUAAAAACAAAGUAUAAAUAAAGAAAUUAUUAUUUUU